CCACUCCCAGGCAACAGCUGAAGAGUUUGACAAAAACCUUAUCCUUCUCACUUCUUUUCAUCGAUGGCUAGAUCCUUUGAGCCUCUUGUACUUGGAAGGGUUGUAGGAGAAGUGCUCGAAGACUUCAUUCCCAGCAUCAAGAUGAGUGUAGUUUACAAUUCUAAUAAGCAGGUCUGCAAUGGACAUGAGUUCAUGCCCUCUGCAGUAGCAUUUAAACCAAAGGUAGAAGUUAAUGGAGGUGACCUGAGGUCCUUCUUCACAAUGAUCAUGACAGACCCUGAUGUGCCAGGCCCUAGUGACCCAUAUUUGAGAGAGCAUCUUCAUUGGCUGGUGACCGACAUACCAGGCACAACAGACGUAUCAUUUGGAAAAGAACUAGCGGCUUAUGAGUCACCAAGGCCAAAUAUUGGCAUACACAGGUUUGUGUUUGUCCUGUUCAAGCAGAAAAGGAGGCAGUGUGUUUGCUCGCCUUCAUCAAGGGACCACUUCAACACCAAGAGGUUUGCACAGGAGAAUGAGCUUGGCCUUCCCGUUGCUGCUGUCUACUUCAAUGCACAGAGAGAAACUGCAGCAAGAAGGCGCUAGAUAGAGAGAGAGAGAGAGAGAGAGAGAGAGAGAGAGAGAGAGAGAGAGAGAGAGAGAGGGAGAUAGAGAGAGCGAGAGGUAUGGGGUCUUAGCUGGUGUGGGAAACAACAAAUAAAUCUGCAAGAGAUGGCAAUAUAUAUAUAUAUAUAUAUAUAUAUAUAUAUAUAUAGAGAGAGAGAGAGAGAGAGAGGGAGAGAGAGAGAAAGAAAGAGAGAAGAGAGAUGUGGUGGUGCCUUAGCUAGUGCAGGAAACAAGUAAUAAAUCUGCAAGAUGUCGCAGUAGUGUAUGGACGAGGAACGUCCCUCCCCAUGGAUUUGUGUAUCGUGAAGUUGGGGCUUGUGAACGUGUGGAUUUUAUUCAAGGAUCACAUGGGUCUUUGUUUUUUUUUAUGUCAUGAGGAAAAUUGUAGUGGGCUUCUCUGCAGUUACUAUGGGAAUCCUCAUGGCCUUUUCUGGUUGGUCUGUUCUACUUUCU